AUGACGAUCUCAUAUAUAAUCUUCGUGCAACCUUCAAUGCUUUCGUUGUCUGGUAUGGAUUAUGGUGCCGUUAUGGUUGCGACCUGUCUAUCCAGUGCACUCGCGACGUUCUUCAUGGCAUAUUUUACGAAUUAUCCUGUUGUAUUGGCUCCGGGUAUGGGUCUUAACGCCUAUUUCGUUUUUGAUCUUUGCUUAGGUUCAGGCGUGCCUUGGCAAGAGGCAUUAGGUAUUGUUUUCAUAGCAGGCAUGCUGUUUUUUAUACUCUCAUUUGUGGGGAUACGUGAAGCCAUCAUGAAUGCUCUCCCACACUCGCUCCAGAAUGCGAUUGCUAUCGGGAUUGGACUGUUUAUUGCUUUCAUUGGACUGCAGAUGAGUGGAAUCAUUACAAAAGAUCCCGCCACAUUUAUAACCCGCGGUAACUUCGACUCCAGGCCCGUACUCCUUUCAAUCUUCGGUAUUGCUGUAACGCUUACACUCAUGGCACGUAAGGUGCGAGGGGCUAUUCUGAUCGGUAUCCUUGUUUCAACUGCUGCCAACCUCAUUUUCGGGAUUGCCUCGUAUGAUGGAAUCGUCGCGUCGCCGCCGUCUAUCAUGCCAACGCUCUUUAAACUACAGUUUCCCAAUAUACUUGCCAGACUGGAACUCAUUCCCGUCAUCUUUGUGUUUUUUGCCAUUGAUAUGUUUGAUAGCAUUGGGACGCUCACGGCUAUCGGCUAUCGGGCGGAACUCCUCGAAGAGGGAAAGCUCACAAAAGCCCGAGGGGCACUUUUGACGGAUGCAGGGAGUACCGUUGGCGGUGCCUUACUCGGCACCUCGACUGUGACAUGUUUUAUUGAAAGCGCAACGGGCAUCACCGAAGGCGGACGGACAGGUCUCACCGCUGUCUUUACAGGGAUUUUCAUGUUGCUGUCCGUCUUUUUAUAUCCGCUCGUUAAGAUCGUUGGGGGUCCGAUUAUCGCGCCAGCACUCAUCGUUGUCGGUGGGUUGAUGCUCAGGAAUGUCAGUCAGAUUGAUUGGGAAGACAUCACGGAAUCGAUCCCUGCGUUCCUUACGAUGCUGAUGAUGCCACUCUCCUUCAGCAUUACAGACGGCAUCGGCUUCGGAUUUAUCUCGUUUGCGUUUCUGAAGUUGGUGACGGGUCGUAGAAAAGAAGUGCAUCCUAUUAUAUACUACUUCGCCCUCUUCUUCAUCGCCUGCUACAUCGGUCAUCUGUAG